GAUCAAAUCGGCUUAUUGUGGAGGUUUACACCUUGAAGAAUCUCGCGACAAUGAAGAAAUUCUAUCAAAAAAAUGAGCAUGGGACUGAUAGAUCCAAAUCGACGGAGACGAAGAAGAGGAAGAACAUGAAGAGAUUGGGAGGCGGUGGUCUUUCUCUCCAAACUUUUGCUAACAUGAAAUCGGAAAACAAUCGCUAUAACCCUUCUUUGAUCAAAAAGCAAAAAGAGUUCUACAAGAAUGCAAAGUAUGUGAGCAAGUUUAGGAAGUCGGUGAAGCAGCAGGACAUUGAUGACAAGAAUGAGACUGGAGAGAGUAGUAAGGUAGAUGAUGAUGAUGAUAAGCAGAAGGGUAAAUCUAAUAAGAGAAUUGGUGUAGAGGAUUUGUACAAGCAGACAAGAGAAGAGAUGGAGAAAGUAAGGAAGGAGAGAGAGGCUACGUUUCAGGCAAAGAAGGAAGCGAAAGAAGUGGCUGAAUCCAGGAGGAAAGUAGCAAAGGGGAAAAUGAUGAGAAAGACUCGACAUGGUCAGCCUGUAAUGAAAUACAGAAUAGAGCAUCUUCUUGAAUCCAUCAAGAAAUCUGCUGGAAUCGACGAAAGUGCAUGACUGGUUAAUACAGUGCGGAUCAGGAACCCUUCCAGUUAUUUGGAGCUGAUGGAGGAUUUUCUCAAAACAUGGUGAGGAGCAGUUGAUGGUGUUACGGAGGCUCGAAGCGGAAACCUUGUUGUUAUCUCAGAUACUGACCUUUUUCUUCCCAGAGAUAUUAUAUUACACUACUGGUUCUUAAUUUCUUAUUACUUUGAGAGAUGCUUUGCGGCAACAUUUGUAGUUUUUGGCUAGACCUUACUGUUUAGUU